AAAGUUGUGAAUUGCAUCUGUAAUCAUUAUCAGCGUUGUCGCGUUUCCACUAACCUCUAAAAUUUCUAGUUUAUUAAGCGCGAAAGCGAGACGAGAAUUAGUUGUCAUCAUGUCAAGUUGUGCAAAAUGCAGUAAGCCAGUUUAUUUUGCUGAGAAACUAGUGGCUCUUAACAAAGACUGGCACAGAACAUGCUUCAAAUGCUCAUAUGAUCAGUGUAACAAAAGAUUAAAUGCUGGAGAGCAACUUGAGCACAACAAGGAGCCUUUCUGCAAAUCAUGCUAUGGAAAACUAUUUGGACCAAAGGGUUACAGAAGCGGCGGUGCAAACCAACCAAACUCCUACAACUAUUCCAAGUGAACAGGACAGGGACAGCCCCAGAAAAAUGGUUUUUAGCCUCACGACAUUCCUGAUCAUGUCUCCAACAAAAGACCCCUAUAUUCUCCCAACCAAAUCCAAUAUACUGUACUAUUUAUAGCAUAUUUAUCUGAAGUAUUUUCGAAAUUGUAUAUAAUUAUUUCCUUCAUGAAUUUGAAUAUUAAGUAAUUAAUGAUCACAUGAUUCACUUUCCUUUUAUAAAUCACUUUAUUAUCUAUGCACCUGCGUACACAACACUCAUAUAACAUCAUUAUCUAUGUUCUUACUAUAAAUAUAUAUAUAUAUAUGACUGGUUAUCCAUCUUGGAAGCUUUUGUAACCCUAAAGCUGAUUUUUUUUUAAACAUAAAAUGUAACUUGAUGAUUCAUGAUAAACCAAAACAUCAUCAGGAUUUGGUGGACUACGCAAAAUCAAGAUAAAUAAAUUUGAUUCAUUUGCAUGUGCCUCAUAUAAUUUUGAAAUACAUAUAUGUUUAUCAUGAAUUUAAGGCAAACUCCUAAUAAAAUUGAGCCAUGCUGGUUUUUUAUAAAAACCUGUGUUUCUGAAAGAUUGUCAACACUGUGAGGGAGUUCUGGAUUUUUUUCUUUACAAAAUAUUCAUUCACAAUUUUUCAAAUCUGUAUUGUGCCAUUCCAUAUAUAUUUCUAAACAUGCUGCAUGACUUAUUGCACUGAACUUUAUGCCAACUUUAUGGUUUAUGUUGUAAAAUUCCUCAACUAUUGAACUAUGAAAGAGAGGUGCUGCCUUGAAAAGUUAAGACAUAUGACAAAUAUCAGUACAGUGUAUUACCUAAAAAGUAACGAAGGGUUAUACUGUACAAGGCCUUUGUGGGGAGGUUUCAUAUGCUAUUCCUUUCAAUCAAAUUCUUUCUAUUUAUACCAAAGAAUUUUCUUUCAGAAACACUUUCAUUUGUGUAUCAUUUAUUGAUGGCUUAAGUAAUACUUUAAUGCAUUGAUGAACUAUUUGUAAAUGAUACUUUUGCUCUGUUUAAUACUUAGUUCAAUUGUAGUUCAAUUGUCUUGUGAAGUGACGAUAUAAUGUUUAUGAGAUUAUUCAUAUUCAAGAAAAUCUAGUAACGGUCUACAUGUCACAUUGCUGCUUCACAGUACAUUUAUAUCAUUAAUUAAUGUUGUUUCCUAUUUAGCUCGUCAAGAUGUAAUGUAUUCUGAUUGCAGCUUCAAUGAAUUUAUGAGGCAUUCCAAUCACAAAAUUAUUGUAUUCAUGACUUUGUCCAAACACCAUCAAGCCUGUACCUACCUUAGGCCAAAUCAAAUUACCUUAAUCUUUCAUUUUUUACUGACAGGUCAACCUUGCAAAAUUAUUCAUUGCUGCAACUUAUUUCAUUAUAAGGGGUAUAUAUCAUUCACAGAUGUAUGAAAAAAUGAAACAAUUGUGAUUUCAUGUAAUAACACAAGAAAAAGGAAAAUGGGGAUGUGACAUCAUCAGCCUAGCUAAUGAAUAUUCAUGACGAUGUGCAUAUAACUGUUUUCACAAAAGAUUUCUGAACUUUGAAAUUCAAUAACUUUGGUUUUUUUAAUCUGAUUUUGAUGAAAUUGUCAGCAUCUUGCUCUGUGAAUUUUGCUCUAUUUAUUUAGAUAUAAACAUUUUCAACAUGGAGUACCCCUUUUAAGUACAAUUAUUGAAAUUACAAGUAAAUGAAAUGGGGGCUUUGAGGAGAAAAUUCAGUGCAGUUAAAUGUGUAUGUAGAUUGCUGCCUUUAUUGAAAGUUUAAGUGAUCAAGUUUGACAGUAUGCCUCUCUUUAUCGGUUAUGAUACUUGUUAUUUAUGCAUGGGGGUUGGGGAUCUGAUGUGCUCCAUACAAAGGUGCUGAAUGAUGUGAAUAUACUGUGCUCAAACUCAUAUAUGCAAAGUGCAACAAAACAGUCAAUAUUUAUCAUCUAACAUCUCUGUGCAUUCCAAAAGACUUUGGAUUGAUUGGAGAUAUUUGGAGUAACUCGAUAAUUCAUACCCAUUAUCAUAAUGGGUAUUUGUGAGUAAUAAUGUUUCUGCUUUAUAUAUCUAAUAAGUUCAACCCAUUAUGACAUAUGACAUUUGAUUCCAUGUGUUUGUCAUUUAAACAUUUUUUUUUCAA